AUGUUUCGAGUUCUUGCUACGAUUUUAACUUUGUGGUUAGCAGACAAAUCUGGUCGCCGGCUUUUACUUAUUGUUUCUUCAUCUGCAAUGGCUUUGAGUCUUUUGGUUGUUUCAAUAUCAUUCUACUUGAAGGAAUAUAUAUCACCAGAUUCCGAUUUAUAUGCGACAUUGGGCCUCGUAUCGGUGGCUGGAGUUGUGGUCAUGGUUAUUGCAUUCUCUCUGGGAUUAGGAGCAAUGCCAUGGAUUAUAAUGUCUGAGAUUCUUCCGAUUAACAUCAAAGGCCUAGCUGGAAGUUUUGCAACACUUGCCAAUUGGUUCUUUUCCUGGUUGGUUACAUUAACAACAAAUUUGCUCUUGGAUUGGAGUUCGGGAGGUGUAAGCAAGAGAACCAGAGGGAUAGACAAGCGAAUUUCGGGCCCGUUGGAAGAGGAAAAUGGGCAACACAAUAGUCCUGACACAACCAUUCGUGUUGCCCGACAUGGCCGUGCCAGGAGAGGACAACUAGAAGAAGAAAACAGGGAGCUGACACGGCCUGUGUCAGCCUCCGUGGAGGGGCAUGUCAAGACUUCUUCAUGA